AUGACGAAAGCAACACCUGAGAGCGACAUCCUUGAGCCUCGUGACCCCUCACUCGACGAACUCACCGACGAGUGGCCCGAAUUGACACUCGAGAACGUAUAUGCGCAUCUUCCUGGCGACAACAAGGCGACAACGAGUGUUUUGGGAGCAGCUGCGGGCUUUCCGCUCACUCUGGUCGGACAGCUGGAGCCAUUGGACGACGAAGAUGCACACCUCUACAAGAAGGCACCGAUCAAAAAGCGCACGACCAUUGUGCUAGAGAACGUACACACUUUCUCGUAUGGACAAUAUGGUGACGGCUCGACUGCGAUCUGGGCUGCUGGAAAAGCUGGCUGGUUCGAGAUUCGUCCGUCUAAGGCCUACCAAGCGAUUUAUCACGAGAUGGUUGAUGCCAUAAAGACCCUCUACUUCAUCGCCGACUCGUACAAAACGCCUCGGAAGAAGGGCAAAGGCAAGAAUGCCACAGUACUGCCAGACUACAGCCCGUCCGAACUGUUCGAGAAAUAUGCAGCGGAAGAGCUUGGCACGUCGGACGCAGAGGAGGGCAUGGAGCAGAUUUACGCUCACAAAGAGUUCCUGAUACUGGCUAUGAUAAGCGGCAAGGAAGGACUCUCAUGGAGCAAGUUUCCACUCUACACGCACUUCUACAAAAAGUUUCCCGAUACCUGGUCAGAGAUGAGACAGCGGAUGAAACCGCCCACACCUGGAAAAGCUUCAAAAGCUAGAGGCAAAUCUGCACGGCAGAGUUCGGUGGACACGACGUCGACCACGAGCAGCCUGAAGAGAAAGCAUGGCCCACCGGCGAAGAAAGAGGUAGAGGUCAUAUCGUUAGACGGCAGCGCAGAGAGCAGCUCUGAGUCGAGAGAUGAGGUUCUUCUGGCUGCCGUGGAGGGAGCAUCGAAAUCCCAAGCACCGAGAACCACGAAGCAGACUCGGCGAACGAGGCAAAACUCAGUAGUGGAGCAAGCAGAGGACCUUGCCACGCCUGCGAAGGAAGAGGAUACAGAUGAGGAAACGAGGCUGCGAGCGCGCAAGAACAAAUCCUCUCUCAGGCCCAGAGCCAGCAAAGCCUCCAAAAGUGCAUCAAGAAAAGGCGGCAAAGGCCCGGCGGCAGAAGAAGGGGACACAGACUCCGAGGCCGCGCCUUCGCCAACGAACGGAAAACGGAAGAACGAGGCUAAUAUCGACACACGGCGACCAUCAAAACGCCGGAAUAGCAAGCCACAUGAUGAUGAAGGCAUCGAUAUACCGACAUCACCUUCAGUCUCCGGCGAUGCCGAUACUGCUGCGUCCCCUUCUGACAUAACCGACCUUCCUCUCCGAACCCUCAAUCACAUGCCAGAUCCAGUGCAGGAAGACACAUGGACCUGUGCGUUGGAUGGCUGUACGCACAAAGUAUACGGCGCAUCACGACCUGAAUCGCAGAAGCUUAUAAGAGAGCACUACACAUUACACGCAUUUGACGACGACGAACGGGUGCAGAUGGUGAAGAAAUUUGCAGCUCCCAGUCUUCCCGCAAACCACUUGAUGGAUCGGGUCAGGCAACAAGCGAAGAUCGAGGGCUUUCCAGCGGGUAGGCAAAUGGCGUCGAGGUAUCCGGAUUUGGCAGUAGCACCUGGAAAUGCGACUGUACAGCAGAGGUACUAG